CACCAUAAUAAACAAACUCGUUUGCGGCUACACCAACUGUUCGCAACCAUUCAAUAAGCACGAAAGUUCGGAUGGGAAAGAUAGUUUUCUACAUUUGUGAUUACACCGGAAGUACGGAACAAUGCUACAUUCAAAAAAAUACCGUUCGGAUACGAAGGCAAAAUCGCUCCGAAAACAACCGGUGCAUUACAACCGAUCCGAUCCAGUUAGUAGAUUUGUUGCUCAAUUUACGAUUCUUUCCUCGCUUUCGGCUUAAAGUGGCGCAUGUAUUGUUGAACUGGGAACCAUCCAGUACGCUCAUGCUAAAACUUAUACCUCCCGUCAAAGAGCACUUAGAUUAUCACUGGGGUGAACGUGCCGUACGCAUGAUGUGGGAAUUGAUUGAACUUACCGAACUGAUGGCAUGGCUUUCAACGCUCGGUGGUGCCUUUUCUGCCCUCGGCAAUUAUCAACCGGCCUGCGCAGAUACAGCAGGUAAAAUAUCGCUGCACCAGAUGAAACUAGCCUUCCGGCUGGGUGAUCCAUCACUAGUCGCCCGGUGUCAGCUGUAUCUCGCCAUAUCGCUUAUCCAAAGAGCCGAAUUUGCAGUGGCGAAACAGAUUAUUCAGCGGGUAUAUCGGAACGAACGGAAGCAAACUGAACCGGAAACGCGUCUGCUGAAGAUGUGCCAGGGUAUAUGGUCAAAGUUGCGGUACGAGUACGACAUCCAUCGAAGGAAUGUAGUGCGCAACUUGGCGUGAAGUUGAAUGCAUUUUCGCUUGCGGAGUGAUGCGAUUGAGCAAACAUUCUAGUGAACAUAGAGUGGUGUUACACCCGAUUUGGUUAGAGGUUUUGAAAUAUAUUGCAAAUUCUAUUUCUCCUUUUUCAUUAUAAAAAAAUUAUAAUUCUUGUUAUU